AUGUGCUCCAACAUCGAAGGUGAUUUUCUCAAGCGCCUGGAAUUUUUCGCCGAGUUUCAGGACAUGUUGAAGCCAGCGAACACCCUUCUGCAUCAGGCUUACUACAGGGACCGUGUGAGGGAACUCUUCAAGAAUCAACCCACUGAAUGGCUCUUCAAACACUUCGAAGGCGGAAACUUAAUAGCUUGGCGCUGGGGUUCCCUGCUGGACGUUUGUAAAGCUCUUCACAAGCGGGAAGGAGCACUGCGCACUGGUUGGAGCCUUCGGAAGUUUCUGCGCAUUGCACGCAGCAGCACAGACGGACCAGAAGGUGCAGCCGACGGCGACGUCGGUACGAGCCGUGGGAAGAAGACUCAACUUAGCGAUGGUGACCACAAAACAUUUAAGGCUGCAGACUCGGCCUGGACAUCACGCUACUUUUGGAGCUACUUGAAGUUUAUCCUUCUGCUUGGCGGCAUUGUCGAUGACCUGUCGACGUGGGGCGAAGCUUGCCCGUGUCAUGCUUGGAGCAAGCAAGGAUGCCCUCUCAGGGGCCGGCGUGCGCCGGAGUGCGCCACAGGUGCUUUUGACACCUUCCUGCAAGGCGUCCUGGCCACUGCGUCGUCCCUCUUCGUCGCUUGCGCAGCUGGUCUCGGUCAUGGUUCCCCUGAGUGGGUGCAAUUGAACCGGGAUUGGCACACAGCUGUGGAUGUGAUCUCGACUGAGCUUCGGGCGAAAACAAGCCAUUGGAAGGAGCUCCCCUGGCUUCUUUGCGGUAUUGCUUUCCCCGAAUCAGACCGCGCGCGAUCUGUGGCCCGAGCUGCCAUCGAGAAGUAUGACAAUCCUGACAGGGUCGACCCACUGACGGUGUAUGCUCGGAGGCAUCGUAUGACACAGCGUUUCCUCAAGAGCGACUAUGAAAGCCACGAUGACGCCGAUGUCCCUCUGAGAGGUCUCCUGGAGAGUUUUAUCCAGGGGUCGAGUCUGGACGACGAAGAUAUGAAGCCUCUACGCGAGGCGCUCGGAGCACUUCGUUUGGUUCGUGUUGUGGAACGUUCCACGGAAGAUCCUUGGCGGAUUGAUUGUGUCAACUUGUCGGACUUGCUCUUGAUGAAGCCGCGAGCCGACAUGAAGACCUCAAGACUUUCGCUGGCUGCUGCAGAGCAGUGGCAGCGUUGGUUGGUGGUGAUCGGUGUGACCAGGGCUAGGCCGCUCGGGCCGGGCCGGGUCCUGACGCGCCCUCCAAGCGAGCUGACCUACCGAGACCUGUUGGAUUUGGUUUACCAAAGAGCUCUGCAAUUUCGUCGCGGAGAAUCCACAGCCCUUGUCCUUCCUGACUCCGACAUGGCACACUUGCGGAAAAACAAGCGACAAAUUGCAGAGGCAGAGCGCAGCAGCCUCCCCGCCACGCAGCGGCUUCUGCUGGAUCAUUUGAAGAGCACCAUGACUUACCAUGAUUUUUACUCUUUGCCUUCGUGCAGUGCAUUGGCAACUGGCAUCGUGUCUGGACACGGAGCAGAGACUGCCAGCGCCAGCGCUGCAAUUCAUGCUGGGCGUGGGCCAGUACGUCGGCGCGAGGUGUCUGAGUCAGGGCAGGAGGCGGCAGCUGCAGUGCCUGUUUUACAGUUUUUUCAGGAAGGCGACGACUUGGAUCCUGAGCCUGAGCUGGAGAAUGGCAGGUCUGACGCUGCUGGGACUGCCGCUGCAGCGGCGGCGGCGGAUUCCGUUGCCGAUGGUGAGACUGCUCCUGGCCUCCGGGAGUCAUCAACAACUGACAUUGUAUUGUUCAAGAUAGCACACCGGGAACCUUCGGGCCUCAAACGACCUCUUGCAGCAGUGGACAAUGUGAAGUUCGGUGACGUUGCCAUUCAAUUGUACAGCGUGCAACUGCAUUCUGCUGAUGACAGCGGUCCGACCUAUGCUGUAUCGAGGCAGCACGGCGGCCUGCAUGACCUGUGUUUGUUGCGGUUCUUGGAAAGCUUCAGCGCCAACGGUCUCGAAGAGCAAGCUCUCAUCCGCGAGAUGAAAGUUUGGAAGCACAACACCACGACCCCUGUCGGUCUUGCCCCAGAUGUGAUUGACCAGCUGUCGCCAGAAGGGAUGCAGAUGAUCUCUGACAUGGCCGCUGCACGUGCAUUUGCAGGGGCUGGCAAUGGGUUUAAAGAGAUCAAGGCCAAGGACUCCAAAGUGAUCAAUCGGUACCGCGACAAACCUUACACCGCGUCGCGAGGAUGUGCGAAGGUGCUCGUUUCCUUGCAGCACGAUUAUUUGAUGGCGAUGGCUAGUGCGCAUCGGCUUUUCGGGAAUGGCUGUGCUGGUAUCCAUCACUUGCAAACGGUGGCAUACUACAAAGCUUUAGUGAACGUCUCCCCAGAUAAGAUCCGCACUAUCCUGCCAAACAAGCCUGCAGAUUGGUAUAAGAAACAGUGGCAAACUGCAGCUGCAGCCCGCACCCAGACAAACAAUGCACAAGACUGGUUGCGCCUGGUCGGCAGGAUCAGAUUGGAGGAUGCGGCUGCAGAAGGGAUGCUGCUUAUGCUCAGCAACCGCCCGGAUGCCCAGGAUGAUGAUGAUGAUGUCGUGGUGGUGGGGCGAGCUGUACCCCAGAUGACUGAUGAAGAACUCGUGGCAGAGUUUGAUCGUUUGGUUAAAGAAAGGCAGUCGAGGCAGUGGAGGCGGGACCGUUGUGGGAACCUCUACUGUAAAGAGGGUUAUAG